CAUUCAGAGAAAGCAACAACCAUUUCAUUGCAGGAUAACACUUCCGGAGAAGAAGCCAAAGGGAUGGAAAUGGAAGGCACAAGCGGCCUAGAAGUUGAAAUGCAUCAACCCUCCGAAAAAGUGGCUACUUAUGUUGAACGAAUGUUGGAAAGCUUGACUCCCCUCUCAAAUGAAUGUUGUAUUUACAGAGUUCCCCAGAAACUCCGCAAAGCAAAGAACGAAGCCUACGAGCCUAGACUGCUUUCCAUCGGUCCCUUACAUUAUGGCAAAAAGCACUUGGUCGCCAUGGAAGAACUAAAGCUCAGGUACCUCCAAAAUUUUCGUUCUAGAUUUAACCAAAAAAGCUUAAAGGAGUAUGUUGAAAUUAUAUCCAAGAUGGAGAGAAAUAUCCGGGAUAGUUACAGUGAGAGCGUAGAACUGAGCAGUGAAGAUUUUCUGACGAUGAUUCUAGUGGAUGGUUGCUUCAUCAUUGAAGUCAUCUUGUGCUCUUACUACCCUGAUUUGAGAGAAUCCAAUGAUCGGAUAUACAACAAGCCAUGGUUGAUCACUGAUGUGCGCCGGGACAUGACAUUACUUGAGAACCAGCUUCCAUUCUCUCUUCUCCAGAUUCUCUACAACCUGGCCCUUCCAGAACAUGAAAAUGACUGCUCAUUCCUUACCUUAUCUAUUGAAUUCUUCAAAGACUGUUUGCAAAUGCCAGAAAUCAAAAGCCCUCGAGAAAUGAAUGAGUUUGCCAGGAAGAUCUCUAGUAGUUGCAAAGUUGAGCACUUUGUUGAUUUGCUGAGGGUUUGUCAGCUGCCUUCAUCGUUAAGGUCAUCAAGAGACCAAAGCAACAAACGGAUCAAUACCAUGAUACUUACUGCAACACAGCUCCGUGAGGCGGGGGUGAGUUUCGAGUUGGGCUCAAAAGAAAAACCCUUACUUGAUAUAGAAUAUAGAGAUGGUGUUCUGGAAAUCCCAAAGCUAAUACUGGCAGACGCGUGCGAAUCCUUGUUUCGAAACAUCAUUGCCUUUGAGCAGUGUCACUACCGAGAAGACACCUACAUUACCGACUACAUAUACCUCAUGGAUCACCUUAUAAACACGACUAAAGACGUUGAUAUACUUGUUAACAAGGGAAUUAUUGAUAACUGGCUGGGCGACAACGUUGCGGUUACUGAUCUGUUUAACAAUCUACUCAUUAAUGCUACAUUAUGGGGUCGUAACUUCUAUUUUGCAGGUAUAUUUGAAGGCCUAAAUGCAUACUGCGAUGUUCCAUGGCACAGUUGGAAGGCAACAUUAAGACAUGACUAUUUCAGUUCACCAUGGAGAGGGGCGUCUACAAGUGCUGCAGUUAUACUCCUCCUACUCACUCUCAUACAAACUAUAUUUUCAGGCAUGUCUGCUAAGUAAAUACUUUUGCUAGCGAAUUAUCCAUGUAUCUAAAUGGUGUUACACUGAUAAAUGUUAUCAUCUUAUGUACACUUUAUGACAUGACCACGAUGGUAGAUAUCUUAUA